AUGCGGCUCAAGAAUAGUGAGAUUCAGAAGUCAAAGGGUUGUUUUACUGUACUUUCCGAAACUUAUCAAGAUUUCGCAAAUAAUACUAGUAUACAUGGGUUGAAGUACACAGUCAGCACUAAAGUUGGACCUUAUGAAAAGGUAUUUUGGAGUCUUAUAACAAUUUUUGGAUUGUAUGGUGCAGUCUACAUGACUAUGUUAUUUUGGGAAAGGUAUACGAGUAACCUCACUAGGACAACGGUCUUUACAGCAUAUGCACCUACAACGGAAAUACAAUUUCCAGGCGUCACUAUCUGCAAUUUGAAUUCCAUUAUGACGCCAAAGGUGCAAGAAUUUAUGAAGAAGCUGGAGUAUAACGACACCGACGAAUCAAUAAUCAGAAAUGCCUUAUCACAACUCUUGUCCUACACAAGAAGCGGUUUCCAGCCCAAUAUGACCGAAAUAAACAUUUUGCAAAAUGUACUUGAACAGAAUGGUUACUUGGACACGACUGUGGUAAUGGAAGAAAUCAGUCAAAGCUGCAAAGACAUGUUGAUUCAAUGUGUAUGGAAUACAAAAGAAAUCUCGUGUCUGGAAUAUUUCUAUAAAACAUUUUCACAACUUGGUAUUUGUUGUUCUUUCAACUAUAACAAUGGGAAGAAAAUUUCUCAACUUUAUAGUCAAUACAGUGGACUGGAUACAGGCCUCAGGGUUUUGUUAAAUUCUCAGACACAACAAGCUUGUUAUUCACGUAUAUAUUCUUCUGGCUUUAAGGUAAUUAUUCACCAUCCCUCAGACUAUCCAGGGCUUCAGACUGAUUCACGAAUAGCCACUGUUGGCAAAUUAACCUACCUGCAAAUUGUAGGAACUAAACUUACGUGCAGUAACGGUGUAAAGAAUUUACCAAUUAUUCACCGCCAAUGUCUGUACCCUGACGAAUAUCGUUUGAAAUAUUUUGGAAACAAUUACAACGAGGACAACUGCCAUCUUGAAUGCGAAGAAAAUUUGUACUACAAGUUGUGUGAAUGUGUACCGUUUUAUUUUUCAUUCUCAGAUAAACCCACAUGUAACAUUUCGAAAAUUCCUUGCUUACAGCGUGCGAAAUCCGAUCGUCAGUUAUUUGAUGAAAUGGAGGAUUGUUUUUGUACUGCCCAAUGUGAAGACAUAUCUUAUCAAAUUCUGUCAACUUCUGCUAGGAUGCAAUAUGGACGCAGUUUUUCUAUGAUGUCAUUUGGAAACAUCUCUGUUCACGAUGGAUAUAAUGUACUUAAUAUAUUUUUUCUCAAUAAUCGACAAACCAUAUUAGUGAGGGACACUAUAACAUCCACCUUAUACUUGCUAUCAUCUUUUGGAGGAGUUUACAGCCUUUUCAUGGGGUGCAGCUUAAUAACAAUAGCAGAAAUCAUUUACUAUGGAAUUUUUCGAUUUCUGGUGAACUUGAAACUCUUUGGUAGGGUAAAUGUUGACGUAAAGGACAACACUGAACCUAAAAAACGACCAAAACGCGUUUCGUUUGUCCAAGAAUAUGGAAAUGUUUCCCAUAUUUAUGGAAACACUAGUUACUAUGGUAGUUAA